AUGCAACGCUUACUGUGUGAGAAAGCGAUGGCAACGGAGACGAGAAAUGGGAGUACUUCUCCGUUAAAUAACAACAUAGACAGCAAGGACAACAGCCGAAAUAGACUACUUAUUGUAUGUUUGGAUUUUUUCUGCUUAUUUCUGGCUGGCCUACCGUUCCUAAUUAUCGAGUCUAGCGUUAUCAAACCCUACCACCGUGGCUUUUAUUGCAACGAUGAAUCCAUCAAGUAUCCUGCCAAAAAUGGAGACACUAUUAGUGAUGCUGUUCUCUCAGCCGCUGGAAUUCUCAUCGUCAUCCUCUCUAUCACUAUAGGAGAAAGCUAUCGAAUCCACUACCUGCAUGAGGGCUCCAAGGCCUUCGUCAGGAACCCCUACAUCUCUGCCCUGUACAAACAAGCAGGCGUGUUCCUGUUUGGCUGUGCCGUCAGCCAGUCAUUCACAGAUAUUGCGAAAGUAUCUGUCGGCCGACUCAGACCUCACUUUCUGGACGUGUGCAAACCUGAUUUCUCCACCAUCAACUGCUCCCUGGGUUACAUCACUGAGUACAGGUGCACAGGAGCAGAAAGCAGAGUCCAGGAAGCUAGGAAGUCCUUUUUCUCAGGCCAUGCGUCAUUCUCCAUGUACACUAUGCUCUACCUGGCAUUCUAUCUGCGUUCGCGUUUCACCUGGCGUGGUGCUCGCCUGCUGCGACCACUCCUGCAGUUCACCCUGCUCAUGCUGGCCUUCUACACGGGCCUGUCCCGCGUCUCUGACCACAAGCACCACCCUGGAGACGUGCUGGCGGGAUUUGUCCAGGGAGCCGUGGUGGCAUACUGCAUCGUCUUUUACGUGUCUGACCUUUUCAAGUCAAAAAUCAGAUGCUCCCCCUUGCCAGCAAAUACCAUUAAAAAAGAGGUCCUGCCCUCAGCAGACAUCAGGGAGCGGAGUAAUCAUCUUAACUUACCAUAG